AUGGCGAGCUCACAGGAAGAGGCCAAGCUCAAACGAUUCCUCCAGUGGUUAAUGGACCGGAGCUACGCGGCUGCAAAAUCAAAUACUCCUAUUCCAACAAAGGGUUUGGCAUUUUUUUCGGCUAAUGAUGUUUCUGAUGGGGUUCUAUUAGUUGUUCCUCUGGAUUUGGCGAUAACUCCAAUGAGAGUUUUGCAAGACCCUCUUCUUGGACCAGAAUGCAGAGCAAUGUUUGAAGAAGGUGAUGCAGAUGAUAGGUUCUUGAUGAUCUUAUAUCUGACAGUGGAGCGCCUCCGCAAGAAUUCUUCUUGGAAACCAGACAGGUUUAUCAUACAGAAGAAAAGCUUGGUGUCGUUAUAUGAUGACAAACUGAAGGCUCUGGUGAAGAAACUGUUAACUCUGGAUAGGGAUUUGGAAAGACUGUCAAUUUUUCAUGGUGCUAAGCUUUCAGUUGUCAUUAUGUUACAAGUGAAUGAGGCGUAUACUCUUACCUUUGUUCCUAUGUAUUACAACUGCUUUCAUGCUAGAGCAAUUUCUCUGUUUUGGACCCGUGCUUUAAACAUUCCCCUUCCAUAUUCUUAUGUAUUUCCCAAAAUUCAAGAAGACAGUGCUUCAGAUGGCAAAAAUUCUGAGGUUUCUACAAAUAUUUGCAAAGAAGAGUUGGUUAAUGGAAGAGAUGAAUGUGGAUGUCAGGUUGAAGGGGUUGAUAUUCAAUUUGGUAAAGUGACAUCCACGCCUAAACAAAACGAGACUGUCUGGGUGUAG